CAGGGGCGGACUGACCAUUUGGAAACUUGGGCACUGCCCGAGGGCCCGGGGUCAGUAGGGGGCCCAUGAGAUGCCCCUGGUACCUUUUUUCAUAGGCUUUUUUGAGGUUGGGCAAGGACACAGGGGCCCCAUGAUCCCCUAUUGCCCGGGGGCCCAUGAUUUGUCAGUCCGCCCCUGCCUGUGCCCUUUAGUGCUGCCUAUCAGUGCCCAUCAGUGCCGCCUAUCAGUGCCCAUCAGUGCUGCCUCAUCAACGCAC